AUGUCGUGGAUGAAGCGGCAAGGCAGCGCGGCGCCGCCCAGGUCCGAGCAGCAGGCUUUUACUGCUCCUCAGCCAUAUGGAAACCAACAGAAUAUGUUUCCUACAUACCAAGGACCAUUACCUGGACACCAACAACAAACAUGGCAAAUACCCCAGCAGCAACAGCAAUAUAGUCAGCAAUAUGGCCAGGUGUAUCAACAGCAACCCUUUGUGAACAAUGCCAACCAAUACUUUCAGCAGCCACAGCAACAAUACAAUCAAAAUUAUGUUAAUCAGAAUUUUGAUAAUGUUCAACCAGGCUAUCAACAGAACUACAAUCAUAACCAGACACCUCAACAACAAAAUUUCACACAGAAUGAGGGAAAUGUUGAUGGAUGGGAAGAUAAUUGGGGAUGGGGAUGGGACGAUACAUCAAAGCAGUAUCAAAAGUCUAUUAAUCAACAUGCUGCCCAACAACCGGUUUCUCAGCCCCAAUUAUUUAGCAAUUCAAAUGUGAUAGAAGAAAGUUUUGCUCCUACAAAUAGCUGGAAUUGGUCUAUGGAAGAUAAAAAAGAACCUGAGGUACCUCCGUCUAUGCAAUCAUUUCACCAUAAUCAAGAAGAACCUUUAUAUAUUGAAAAUGUAGUUAAUGAAAAUAAUGUAUUUAAUGAAACAAUGCAAGGAAAUACUAAUAAUGUAUCAGGACAAGAUAAUCCAGAAAAAGUGAAGAAUUUAAGUGAUAAAGAAGCUGUAAAGGAACAAUUACCUAAUUUAGCUCUAGGAAAACGUUUUAAUUUAGAAAAUUUAACACCGCAAUGGUCAAUAGAGUCACAAAUGUCACAAGACUCUAGUGACGGACCUCACACACAGUCUGAAGGAACUUAUAGAAGUGAAAAUCAAUCUAGAAAUUCAAAUAAAAGCAGCCCAGGGCCAAAUACUGAUGCAACUAAUUUCAAUUAUUCACAAUCUGGUCUUAAUGAAAUGGGCCUCACAAAUAGUGAAUUCAAGCAUUCAAAUGAUGAUUCUAAUCCAACAAAUAGUGGACAAGAUAAUAGCAGAAGAGAAAGCUAUGAUGAACUGGCAAACUCAGUUAAGGAAAUGAACUUAGGAAACCAUGAACUCACCCCUGUAGGUCAGCAACCUAGCCAUAAUAUUGAAAAUAUACAAGAAAAUAUAGAAUCUGUUAGGGCACCAGAGCCAUCGGUUUCUCCAAUUUCUUCUUUACCCAGUCAGUUAAUACCACAAGCGAUGCUAUCUCCGCCACAUGUAACAUCUCAGCAUGUACAAAAUCCUCAAUCGGCAAUUUCUUCUCAAGGCAAUGCUGUGCCUACACCGUCACAACCUCCAAUAAAUAUGCCAACAUCUUCACAUGUUAGUGUUGCAAACUUACCACCACCUCCUACAUCAAUGCCUUUACUUCCUCCAUCGAAUUUUCCAACAUCAUCAACCCAAAAUCCGUUUAAAAGUAGUGCACCCUUUUCACAUAAAAGCAUUGCUAAGACUCCUGCAAAUCCUCAGCCUCAGUCCUUCCCGCCUCAAGUGCCCGGUGCAAACCUGACAUCACCAGCUGUUGUUAAUAAAGUUGUCCAACAAGACAGGCUUUCAGCAAGCUUCGGUGCUAAUUUGGAAACUACCCCCGAUAAUUCAGAGAGGCCUGAUCAGCCUCAAGUAACCAGCUACAGGUCUAUGUCUAUACCACCUCAAGUACCUGACAACUUGGAAAUAGCACCCCAAAAUGAUAGAAAUGAAUAUUUGCAGACUGCACAUUUGUCGAGUGGAGAUUAUGGUGAAAACACAGAUUUCAGUAGAAAUAUUCCGCCCCCGGGGCUUAGGCGCAUGGGAGUAGGCCAGCAGGAGGGAGAAUAUAAUCAAAGCUUGAAUAUUUCUGGGGAUGAACCUCCUCCGGGCUUAGCGCGCAUGGUACCCGGGCAACAGACGGAGAUGGAUAACUCGUACAAUCAAGCCACCGACGACUACAUGGACCGACAAAUAGACGGUCAGCCUACCGACGGUAGUGGACGACCGUACAGACAAGCCGACGGACAGCAGAUUGCUGAUAAUUAUACACCAUCUGUUGCCUCCCGUGGAGGGGAUAGAAGACCUGUAGGCUUGGACCGGAUGGUGCCAGGAGAGCCUAGCAACGAUGAAUAUCCGCAAUAUCCGACAUCCAACUUUGCUUCAGCAAAUGAGCACAGGGUCGUCACUGGAGUUGAUCAUGACUACGCUGUAUCAACUGACGCAGGUCGGAUUGAUAUCCGUGAGCAAAACGUUGACGGUUCCGACUACACUGAACCACCGGCAAGGAAUCCUAGAAGCGUAAUUGGCGCGCGUGAAGCCAGUAACGACACCUCGCCUGACUUCAGCUUAUCAGUUGAUGAUCAACAGAGAGAAAUCACAAUGGAAGGCGAAAACUUGCAUGAUUUAAGUGUCAUGACGUACGACGGGUCCAAUGCGAAUGCCGUAGAAGUGCCCAAAGACCGGAGCCAUGACGCAGCGGAUGUUACAGAAUAUCCUAAUAAUUCAAGGAGGCAAUCUCUUAGUCGCGUCACCUCAGGUGAGGAUUCCGAGAGAGAUAGAGCGUUCAAGGCGUCGCCUAGGAAGGACAGGGACAAACAGAAGUCGAGAGAGCGCGACAGGGAGCGGGACAAGGACAGAGGUCGUUACUCUCGAGGCGAUAGGAAGUACGAUCGCGAGUCGGAGAGGCGAUCGACUAGAGAAGACCGUCGUGACCGCCGCGAGCGCGACGCCAGCCCCGAGCCCCGCCGCCACAGACGCAGCACUCGAAGCCAUCGAUACGAGACCGAAGAUACCGACUAUUAUAGCGACCGUGACAGGGACCGCAGACAAUACAGAGAAGGAUCGUACACGUCGUCCAAACCCCCUCGCGGAGAUGACAAGGACAGGCGCCAUGACGACCGCGAGCGCCGCCGAUACAACACUAUAGAGCGCGAGCGUCGCUAUGAGGAGGAUCGGGUUCGGCGCAGUGACCGCCAUCGUGACCGAGACCGUGACCGAGACCGUGACCGCGACCGUGACCGUAAUCCUGAUCGCUUCGACAGACGAUAUAGGGACAUCGACCCAAGGAAGUUCGCCUCGCUCCGACGUGAUAAAGAUGAUGACGACAGAAGAAAAGUCGUAACGUUCAGUGGCGAUGCUAUAUCUGAUAGUAAAUCCAAAGGCGAGACGUACUCAUCGGGGUCGCGCGCGGGCUCGCGCGAGGCGACGGCCACGGACGAGGACGGUGAGGAGCCGCGCCGGCGCGCGCCCCGCGACGACCGCCGCAGGCAUCGACACCGUCAUUAUUAUGAAGGGUACGUCGGCGCGCCAGUGGCUGCGGUCCCGGGGGUGGUGGGCGCGGGGACGGCGGGCGCGGGGGCGGGGGCGUGGGAUCGUGGGGCGCUGGAGGCGCAGUGCCGCCAGUACGAGUACUACGAGCGGCUGCGGCGCUCCGACCCCGCCGCCUACAUGCGCGUCUACAAGCAGCUGCUGCACCCCGGCCUCUAUGCCGCCAACCUUUACGACGGCUACGGCGCGAUGGAGUACGAGGCGCGCGCGGAGGAGCGCGGCAGCGUGCACUCCGGCCGCUCCAGUGCCAACGGGCUCAAGCCCGCCGACACGGAGCUGACGACAGACAUGUCGCUGAACUUGCACCUGGAGGAGUCCACGGUGCGCUCGGAGCGCAUGACGCCCUUCAAGUACUCCACCGCGCAUGUUAAGGGCGUGCUGUGCGCGGACGCGCUGGUGGUGGUGCCGGCGGGCUACCCGGUGGACGCGCGCGCCGCGCCGCUGCGCGUGCUGCCGCUGCGCGCGCUGCUGCCCGCCGCCGGCCCCGCGCCCGCGCCCGGCCCGCUGGUCAAAGGUGUGACCCACAAGAAGAGCGUGGUGGAGUACUGCGCGGCGCAGGCGCGGGCGGCGGCGGGGGAGGGCGCGGGGGAGAGGGACGGCGCCGGCUGGGCGCUCGUGUGGGAGCUGCUGGCGCUGCUGCUGCGGCAGAACGGGGUUGUAGUGGGUUCUGAUAUCGCAGAACUGCUGAUGAAGAAUACGAAAGAGUUUGAAUAUAAGCCGCCAUCUGUUAAGAACACUGAUUAUAAACGUGAUUCGGAACCGUCCUCGGACGUCGAGGACGAGCCUGCCGCGCCCGCUGCGGAACUCAUUCCUCAAGAGGAGGAGGUGAAGAAGCCCGUGGUGGACGAGCGGGAGGCGCUGGAGCGCUUCCGGGAGUACCUCAUUUAUGGCAACAGGGAGGAGGCUUUGGAGUGGGCGAUGCGGUGCGGGCUGUGGGGCCACGCGCUGCAGCUGGCGGGCGCGCGGCGGGAGCGCGCCGCCGUGUGCGCGCGCUUCGUGGCCGCGCUGGCGCCCGCCGACCCGCUGCACUCGCUUUACGCCGCGCUGGCGCUGCGCGCGCCGCCCGCCGCCACCUGUGUGUCGGACGAGCGGUGGGGCGACUGGCGCCCGCACGCCGCCAUCAUCCUCGCCAACGCCUCGUCCAAGCCGGAGCAGGACCGGCGCACGCUCACACAGCUCGGUGACUCGUUGAACGCGCGCGGGCUGCUGUAUUCGGCGCAGUUCUGCUACCUGUCGGCGGGCGUGCCCUUCGCGGCGCACCCGCUGGCGCCGCACCGCGCGCCGCCCGCCCCCGGGCAGGACGCGCCGCCCGCCCACGGCACCGCGCCGCCGCGCCUGUCGCUGCUGCUGGCGGACCCGCGCGCGGAGUCGCUGGCGCGCUUCGCCACCGACCACGCGAUCUUCGCCACGGAGAUAUACGAGUACGCGAUGUCGCUCAGCCAGGACUUCGUGCUCGACGAGCUGGUGGUGUACAAGUUGGUGGCGGCGGCGCGGCUGGCGGACGCGGGACGCGGCGCGCGCGCGCUGCGCUACGCCGAGGCGGCCGCGCGCGCGCUCACCGCCGCGCCGCGCCGCCACGCGCCCUCACUGGCGCGCGCCGUGGCCGCGCUCGCCGACAGGCUGAAGUACUUCGACCCGGCGCUGCAGGACGAGGGCGCGGCGGGCGCGGAGGGCGCGGAUUGCGCGGAGGGCGAGGGCGAGGGCGGGACGGAGGGCGAGCGCAGCGCCGGCGCCUCGCCGCGCCACCAGCAGUGGCUGCGCGAUGUGCAGGCCGUCGCGCUGCAGCUCUCCGCGGAGGCGUCGCAGCAGAGCACGCCGCAGCACCGCGCGCCCGGCGCCGGCUGGCUGGACCAGACGCUCCAACAGACCCAGCAAGUCCCACAGUAUCCCGAGCCAUUGGAAGAUACUACCGACUAUUCCCAAUACUACCAACAACAGAACCAGCAGCAGCAGCAGUUCCACCAACAGAACCAGCAGCAGCAGCAGUUCCUCCAACAGCAUCAGCAACUGCAGCAGCAGCAGCUGCAGCAACAACAGCUACAGCAAGUGCCCGAGUACGUGCCGGAACAGCAGCAGUACGACCAGCAAUACGGCUACGAGGAGCAUGCGCAGUCCUACGCAGACCCGUACUGGCAGAAUGACACACACUAUGGAUAUGAUCCCGCGCCGCCCCCCGCCUCCGUGUGCCGCCAGCGCCGCCCGCCCCGCCCGCCCUCGCGCCCCGCCCACCGCCCCGCGCCGCCCGCCCAGCGCGCCCCGCCCGCCCUUGCCGCCCGGCGCGCCGCCAGCGGGGACGUCAUCGGCAACACGGUCGAAGCCUGGGCGCGCGCCGCCGCCCAGGAGCGCGCGUACAAGCCCCUCGUGUUCGGCGGCACCUACCCCAUCGACGAGCCGGCCGACCCCGACGACGACGAAGACCCCCUGGCCCACAAACAGCGACUCAGGGAGACUGUGGAGAGGAGCGUGGAGAAGUUCGAGGCCAUGUUGGCCAAGAGAGGGCAGAAAGUGUGGAGAGACCUGGCCGGCGGGGACGAGGCCUUCGCCCGCACGUUCGCCAUCGACGAGCCCACGGCGUGGCGCGACGGCGACCCGCUGCCGCGGGACCGGGACGGCCGCUACUACGUUGCGGGGCCCGAGACCUUCGACAUCGACGAGCCCGGCGCGGCGGGCGCGGCGGAGGAGGCGCCGCCCACCAUCACGAUGCCGGGCUCCGCGCCCUCCAAACCCGCCAUGUUCGGCGACAUGGACGACGACCGGCCCGCCUCGGCUGAUCAGACGGAACGAGAGACGGACACGCCGAAGACGAACGGCAAGAAAGCGGAAUCGAAGAACUCUGAAGGCGGCAAGGACAAGAAAUCCGGCUGGCUCGGCGGCAUCCUCACCAAGCUGUCGCUACGCGCGCCCAACCAGAUGAUCCUGCCCGACGACACCAACCCCACCAUCGUGUGGGACGAGGAGCACAAGCGCUGGCGCGACACCGCCGCCGGCGCCGGCGCCGCGCCCGCGCCGCCCGCGCCGCCGCCCGCGCUGCCCGCCAUGAGCACGUCGACGCCGCUGCAGUCGCCGGGCGCGCCGCCCGCCGCCGGCGCCCCCGUCGCCAAUAUCUUCAAGAUGCAGAAGGGCCGGCAUAUAAAGAAGUCGUACGUGGACGUGCUGAACCCGGGCGGCGCCCCCGCCGCGCCCGCCCCCGCGCCGCCCGCCCUCGCGCCGUCCGCGCUGCUGCCGCCCGCCCCCGACAACUACUUCGUGCCCGCGCCGCUGCACGACCAGUACUCCCCCCCGCCCGUGCACGUGUCCAUGCCCCCCUCCCCCGCCGCGACCCCCCGCGCCGCCCCCUCCCCCGUCCCCGCGCCGCACCCCCCCGAGGUACUCGCGUCAAGAAAAUAUAUA